CCUGAGCCCCACCACCUCCCCCCAGCCCCUCCCAUCAGUGUUUGCUUUUCUCCCGGAUCCGGAUGAAGGGGUUGCCCUGCCCGUGCCCUGCCCUGCCCCACUUCUGGCAGCCGGGGUCUCGCUUCAUGGCCGAGAGCUCCAGGACUCAGGCCCCAGGGAAGGGGCCCCUGCUCAGCAUCCAGCUCCUGCGAGCCCAGUAUGAAGGCUUGAGACGGCAGCAGAGGGCCCAGUCCCACCUGGUGGUGCUCCCGAAAGAUUUAUUCCAGGAAGAAGUCAGGAGCCAGGGCUCAGAAAGCAAGCGAUGGUCAAAUCCCAGCCCUGCAUCCUCUAACAGAGAGGGACAAGUCAAGAGAGGAGGGAACAUGCCCACGCUUGCGGAGUCCAUGGUCAAUGCUGUUUGGAUUAACAAGGAGAGAAGGCCUUCACUGUCCCUGGAAGAAGUGGGUCCUGAGGCAGAGGGGAUGCUGGAGGAGGCUGACCAAGGCUCUCUUCGGGCCCCCGAGUCUCCAUGGCACACACACCUAGAGGUGCACUGUUUGGCCCAAACCUUCCACCAGGAAACCAGCCAUCAGGUGAAACACAAGGACAAGUUCACGGGGUCUGAGCAAAGGCUCCCUCAGGAAGGAGACCCAGGUUUGCUGGAAGACAGUGAGAUGACUCAGCACGAGACCAUGAUCCCAGAGGCAGCCCAGCAUGGAGGUCAAGUGGGAGACCCCCAAACAAAGGAAGUGGGAUCCAGCUUAAACACUGGCGCUCAGCGCCCUCCUUCCAUAACGAACCUACACAGGUCUGGAAAACCAGCUCACUAUCCGUUUCCCCAGCGGAAAACCCCCAGGAUCUCCCAAGCCGCCCGGAACCUGGGCUUAUAUGGCCCAGCCUAAAGCUUUCUGCUCAGAGGUGUCAAGCUCGAGGCCCUCUCUGUCCUCAUCAAAGGACCCGGGAGACAGAGGCACCGCUAGGGCCUUAGCUUUGAACAAGGACUGGACCAAGUCAAUUGUAGGGACUGUGGGGAAUGAACUUCACUGUGGCCAUGUGGUCUUGCCCUUCAAAAGAGAAGAGAUCUUCCCAGACCAGCCUGCUCCCAGCUCAGCAGGGAAGAGCGCCGUCCGAUCACCGCCGCCCCAUUCUGCUUGUGUAAGAAGACACUGCUACUGAGUCCUGGAAAGUCCAGUAGGAUAUCUGCUCACUCCCUAGAACUAGAGAAUUUUGAAACAUGAAAACGGGGACCCUAGCCAAUGCGUGCCUCGCAGUGCCUUGGUGUCAACAGGCGUGGGCGAUCUUGCUUUCAGGAACUUCUGAAGAGUUCUCACCUGUUUUGGAAAAGAUGAGCUCUGAGAAUUGUCCUUUUCUGGUUGCUAUGCCUGGAGGCCAGCUCACUUAGAAGUUACUCUAUUCAUUGGUAGUGACCACACCUUUUCAGCAUGAGCCUCCCAAAGUAUGGUGACCCUGGGUAUAAGGGUCAAUGCCACCUGCUGUUAGAGGGUCUUUAGGAAGGGUUGGUCACCUCUCCGCUCUCACUGAGACUGCACAUUCCAGUCUCAUUACAGAUUUGUUCCCUUCCCUCCACCCUUUCUUUCUUUCUACUUUUCUAUUCAUCUGUCUCCUCUCUCUCUCCAAAUUAAAUACUGCCAAUCUUUGAAGAUUUAUUAUAAUAGGAGCCUGAGAGAAGAAGACAAAGAAAUGUUCAUGCUUGGAAAAUAUGUGUUCCUCAAAAACUGCUCCCCUUUCAGCCAAAUUUAAAUCACUCAGCUCCUUCCUGGUAUAUUUUAAACCAAAGACAAAGUGAAGCAGGUGUUACUUGGGUGACGGGGAAGAAAGUACCUUAGCUAGUUAAUGUUUAACUUUAAUAAUGAUACUUAAACACAGCGAAGGUGCCUUCUCCUUGUGCCAGAUCCUCUCUCCAUAAAGUUUUAUCCACAUCUUCCUUUUCUCCUUGUGGUGACCCAGUCUUGCCCAUCCACACUGAAAGUUGUUAACUAGGAGUGUCAUUACCUGCCAAAAAUAUGUAUGUGCCUUCUCCUUAGGCCACCCUGAAAUUCCCUCCAAGUUGGGGAUUAAUUAUGAUUCCUUUUGUGAAAAACUAAUAAGAGCCAGUUGUUAAUUUUUUUAUAGUCUAAUGAAAAACAAGACCAUUUUCUGAAAAAACAAAACAAAA